AUGGAGUGGGGCAAGGCGCUGCGGAACGAGCCGGGCGAGUCGGUGCGCGUCGCAAAUCUCUACAAGGCGCAGCUGGAGGGGGCAGAACUCGAAAGGGCGCAGCUGCAGGGGGCAGAUCUCUACCAGGCGCAGCUGCAGGGGGCAGAUCUCGAAAGGGCGCAGCUGCAGGGGGCAUAUCUCCGCUGGGCGCAGCUGCAGGGGGCAUAUCUCCACGGGGCGCAGCUGCAGGGGUCAGAUCUCUUCGGGGCGAAGCUGCAGGGGGCAGAUCUCUACCAGGCGCAGCUGCAGGGGGCAGAUCUCGAAAGGGCGCAGCUGCAGGGGGCAUAUCUCCGCUGGGCGCAGCUGCAGGGGGCAUAUCUCCACGGGGCGCAGCUGCAGGGGUCAGAUCUCUUCGGGGCGAAGCUGCAGGGGGCAGAACUCCAAAGGGCACAGCUGCAGGGGGCAGAUCUCCACACGGCGCAGCUGCAGGGGGCAGAUCUCGAAAGGGCGCAGCUGCAGGGGGCAGAACUCGGGGGCGCCGACCUGCGCGGCGCCGACCUCACCGGCGCCAACCUCGCUGGCGCCAACCUGAAGAAUGCCGACUUGCGCGGCACAGUCCUCAUCGGCGUCAACCUCGAGAAGGCCGACCUCGAGGGCGCCAAACUGCAGGGCGCGAAGUUCGAGCGCGCCGUCCUCGCUGGCGUCAAGCUC